GGAAAGGCUCCCGAGAAGGAUCAGGGAUCCGGCGCGGUGUAAACAGAUCAGGGCGCAGCUGCAGUAUUGCGCAAAAAAGGGAGAGGAGGAUCGUGCGCAAGAAGAAGAAGAAGAAACCAGUCCCGGGGUUCAGGAUCGCACCGUUGUGCUGGAAUCUUCUGGGGGAAGAAGCUGGUUUUUUUGCGUGUGCAUCCAAAAUGUCUCUAAAGAUCCCGCAGAUUUCUCCAGCUGGAUCUCCUGAACAAGGAGACGUCUCUGUGGCUCUUGUGGGCCAAACGGGAGCGGGCAAAUCGGCCCUGCUCAACAGCAUACGUGGGAUGAUAGAAGGUGAUGUCGGAUGUGCCCCAUUGGAGGCCCCACCCAAAUCUGGGGCCCCGGUGAUGUACCCUGACCCCUCCCACCCCAAUUUGCUGUUUUGGGAGGUGGCGCUGGACAACGAAGGCCAAGCCGACCGGUGGCUGGGGGAGGCUGACGUCCUUGUGGUGGUGGCCGACGGCAAAUUUGGCGAGAGUCACGCCCAUGUGGUCAAGGCGGCCCUGGCGGCUAGCAAGAAGGUCUACUUUGCCCGCACCAAGGCUGACCUGGAGCUGCACACCCUCAAGCGCCUGAUGGGGGAGCGCUACGAACGAGCCGAGGUCAUCAACGCUCUGCGGGGGGUCUGCGCCGAGUCGUUGGGAGCCCAUCAGCUCGGCCAGCCCUUUGUGUUCCUCAUCUCUGCCUUUGAGCCUUAUGCCCUGGAUUGCCCUCAACUACGAGAAGCCUUGCUGAGGGACGUUUGCAUGUACGAGAGGGUUCUGAAGCCCACCCGCUUGGAUUUUGAGGUGAUCAGUGAACGAGAGAUUGCAGAAAUCCAGGAGGCCUAUGAAUUGGGGGGUCUUUCUGAGGUGGUGACACGCAUUCAGUGCAGCCUUGAGACGAUCUGGAACGCCCAGCUUAAUAUUGCCAUCACUGGGGAAUCAGGAGCUGGGAAAUCAACUUUUGUCAAUGUUUUAAGGGGUAUAAAUGAUGAGGACGAAGGCGCCGCUGCAACAGGUGUGACAGAAACCACAGCCGAGCCCACACCUUAUCCUUACCCCAGCCAUCCCAAUGUUACCUUGUGGGAUCUCCCUGGGGUUGGUACCCCCAACUUCCAGGCUGAUCGUUACCUGGAAAGAGUGGAGUUUUCUCGCUAUGAUUUCUUCAUCAUCCUGGCCUCCGAGAGAUUUAAGGAGAGCCAUGUCUGCUUAGCUCAGGCCAUUGUCGCGCAGGGGAAGCAGUUCUACUUUGUGCGCACCAAAAUAGACAACGACAUGGACGCCGUGCGAAGGAGGAAGAACCCGCCGACUGAAGAAGAGGUUCUGAACGAAAUCCGGAGCGACUGCCAAGAGAAGUUUGCCAAGGCUGGGCUGGCCAACUCGAAGGUCUUUCUUCUCAGCAGCUUCGAGAUCAACAAGUAUGACUUCCAAGCCUUUGAGGAAACUUUGGAGCAGGAAUUGCCCAGCCAUAAACGCCACGCUUUCCUCUUGUCCUUGCCCAAUGUCUCCUCGGCCAUCAUCGAGAAGAAGAGGCAGCUUCUUCACCAGGAGGUUUGGAAGGUGGCGUUGAUCUCCAGCUUGGUGGCUGCUGUCCCACUGCCAGGCUUGGCCUUCACCUGCGAUGUCUCCAUUUUGCUAAGGAAGCUGUCCACUUACCGGCAAGAUUUUGGCCUCGACGCCGCCUCCCUAACCCGGCUAGCAGAGCGUUCGGGGAAGCCGCUGGAGGUCCUGAGGGCAGAGGUACACAGUACCCUAGGCCGGAGCAUCAACAAGGACGUGGUGAUAGGAUUGUUGGGGAAGGCCACUGGAACAGGCCUUGUAGUGGCCAAUUUUUUCAUCCACCGGAUCCCGAUUUAUGGAGCCUUGGCUGCAGGGGGCCUUUCCUUCCACACCACCUAUUCUAUGUUGAGUCAGUGCUUAGAAGAUCUUGCUGCUGAUUCACAAAAGGUUCUCCUGAAGGCCUUUGACAGUGAGGUCUGAGGUGGCUAGAACAAGAUGGCGGCUGUAGGCCAUUUGGAGACUCUCCCUAAGGUUUUUCUCCUUUAACUUCAUCCCAGAUGUUUCUGCUGAGGGAGUCCAGGUUGUACCUAAACUGACAUGGAUGUGAACUUGUCCUUGGUGUGUGGGAGCAGGUGACACCAUCAUCUGAAAGAAGCAUGAGAAUCCCUUUAUAUGAAUGGUUCUUUCUCAGUUUUUUGCCGUCACUGUUAACUAUGUAUUGCAUCACAGCUGUUACAACAGUAAACUAUAACACAAUGUUACAUUUUCCAUGUUUGGAUUUUACAGUGUUUGGUUUGUUUGUAAUUUGUUUACAAACCACAUUUCGGAAGCUGGGUUCUGCUCUGCCACAAGCCUGACAUUGUUUGUGAAAUUCGAUAGAUACAUAUGUUCAGUUAG